UUGGUAGUUUAGAAGAACACGUCUUCCCUUCUUCGACGCCUUGGCGGAUAAUUUUUUCUCUAACCCUAAUUUUACCUUCCCUGCGAAUUCCUCUGCGUUUCUGCGUCAAUCGUCGCUGAAAAUGGGUGACGUGACGAUCGAUCCGCCUCCGGCGAUGGCGGAUCAUGAUUCAGGGCUCUCCAUUCCACCCAUAGACGCUGCUUUCUUUUCCCAACAGUACGCUGACGGAGGCGGCGACGGCGACUUCGCAGUCGACGACCUCGAUUUCGAUUUCUCCAUGGAUGAUCUGUGGAUUCCUUCAUCCGAUGAAAUGGAGGAGCUCCUUAACUGCACUAGUCAAGGACUCGAUUCUCAUCAAUUCGCACCGAUCUACGAAUCAGGUUCUUCGGAUUUGCCUCAGUCGUCUCUGGAAGGAGCUUUCACGGUCGAUUGUAGCCUUAACUGUUUUGGUGCUGCGGAAUCGGAUCAUACUCGUGCCUAUCAGAACGCCGCUUCGCCAGAAUCGAAUGGAUCAAAUCGACAAAUAUAUGAAAACUGCGGUGGUAGUGCGAAGGCAAUGGAUUCUCCUUCUCCAGAAUCUCUUGGCUCGGAGAACUACAGGUACAGGUCAAAUAAUAUCGCCACGAUGUCAGCAACUUCUUCCCAUAAUUCAUUUAACUCUUCGAGAAGAACUGGAGUUGUCAAUGAGAACAUUAAGUUAGAGGAAUCGUCAAGAGGUAACGUUAAUAGCUCGAAAUCGAAAAGAAAGAAGGAUUGUGAAGACUGCGUGAACAAUACUGAGGAUUCAAGGACAGUUAAGUCUAAGAAAUCUAGCUGCAAUUCAGAAAACAAAGCUAACAACAGCAAUGAUAAUAAUGGUGGAGAGGAUGAGAAAAGGAAGGUGAGAUUGAUGAGAAAUAGGGAGAGCGCUCAGAUAUCAAGACAGAGGAAGAAACAGUACGUUGAGGAGCUGGAAGAUAAGGUGAAAACGAUGCAUUCCACAAUUCAAGAUUUGAAUGCAAAGAUAUCAUACUUAAUGGCCGAAAACGCAACUUUGCGACAGCAAAUGGGAGUUUCCGGUGCAAUGCCACCUCCUCCUCCUCCUAUGUACCCGUAUCAAGGGAUGAUGCAUCCUCCCUGGAUGCCGUAUGCUCCGCCGUAUAUGAUGAGGGCACAAGGCUCGCAGGUGCCGGUAGUGCCGAUUCCGAGGUUGAAACCACAGGCAACGCAAGUGAUGAAGACAAGCAAGAAGGGCGAGACUAAGAGUAAAAAGAACACUGAGCCAAAGCCAAAGAUGAAGAAGGUCGCUGGUGUUAGUUUUAUAGGGUUUUUGGUUUUUAUAUUAUUGUUGGGAGGUUUGGCUCCUUUCAUCAACAUGAGGUAUGGUGGAGUUGGGGAGUCGUUGACAGGUGUCGUAGAUAGCUAUGAGAAAAACCAUGGGAGGAUUUUGAUGGUGAAUGGGACUUUGCCGGUUGGUCGAAGAUAUUCCGGUGGUGAGAAUAGAGUGCAUUGUGAUCGUGGUGGUGGUGUUGGAUCAAGCAACGGGAGCGAACCUCUUAUAGCAUCAUUGUAUGUUCCUAGGAAUGAUAGGCUUGUUAGGAUUGAUGGAAAUUUGGUCAUCCAUUCGGUUUUGGCGAGCGAGAAAGCUAUGUCGAGUGGUGGCAAGACGAGCACUGGACUGGCGGUGGUUCCAGCGGAUUUCCAUGGUGAUGUUCCUGUUCCGGUUCCGGGUGCUGGUGGGGUUGGCUCCCAACAUCCCCAAUAUAAUAGGGCUUUGGGUGCCGGUGCUGGUAAGCUCAAAGCAACUGAAGGCAGUCUCCAACAGUGGUUCCGAGAAGGCCUUGCCGGGCCGAUGUUGAGAUCCGGCAUGUGCACCGAAGUUCUCCAGUUCGAGGUGUCGCCAGCUUCACCGUCAGGCGCAAUAGUUCCAUCUCCUACGCCGAGAAACGUAUCCGGAGGACAAAAUAAAAACUCUAGGGAUAUCAGUAGGGGAAGAACGAACCGUAGAAUCCUCCGAGGCCUUCCCAUUCCUCUUCCAGACUACUCAUCUCUCAACAUCACCGCUCAACAUGGCGGCAACAGAAGCACCACCACCGGGAAAGAUAAGUUGAGCAGAAACAAUUCGUCGUCGUCACCGCCAAUGGUGGUUUCCAUACUCGUGGACCCUCGAGAGGCAGAUGUCAUGGGAACAACCAAGCCCAUCGCUCGAAUCUUUGUGGUCGUACUGAUCGAUAGCGUCAAGUACGUAACCUACUCGUGCAUGCUGCCCUUUAAGGGAGCCUCUGCGCAUCACCUAGUGACUGCUGCCUGAGUUAUUCUAGCAUUGCAUUUGGAUCCAACGCAUAAACGCACAAGCCAAAAAGGAUUUACACUUGGAAAGAAUCAACAAUUGCCUUCAAUGUCUUCUCCGACGACGGCCACUGCUUAUCGGUUGCGCUCGCCACGAAGAG